GUUACGGUGGCCGGGCGGGGACAAGGCGCGGGGGAGGCGAAGCGAGGCGGGGAGCGGCGGGAGCGGUCGGGAAGAUGCUGGAGACGACGACGACGGCGGCGGCGGCGGUGGCCGAGCCGGAGCUGGAUCCUGAGGACUUGGUUCAUUUCUCGGUGGGCGAUUUGCCCAGCCGCGGCUACGGCGUGAUGGGCGAGAUCCGGCGGCAGGGCAAGCUCUGCGAUGUGACCCUCAAGGUAGGGGACCAUAAAUUCAGUGCUCACCGGAUCGUGCUGGCAGCUUCUAUCCCGUAUUUCCACGCCAUGUUCACCAACGACAUGAUGGAGUGCAAGCAGGAUGAGAUUGUCAUGCAGGGGAUGGAUCCCAGUGCACUUGAGGCUCUGAUCAACUUUGCCUACAACGGUCACCUGGCAAUAGAUCAGCAGAAUGUCCAGUCUCUGCUGAUGGGGGCAAGUUUCCUUCAGCUGCAGAACAUCAAAGACGCUUGCUGCACUUUCCUCAGAGAGAGGCUUCACCCGAAGAACUGUCUGGGAGUGCGGCAGUUUGCAGAGACAAUGAUGUGUGCGGUGCUUUAUGAUGCUGCCAACAGCUUCAUUCAUCAGCACUUUGUGGAGGUAUCCAUGUCUGAAGAGUUCCUGGCACUGCCUUUUGAAGAUGUCCUGGAGCUUGUUUCUAGGGAUGAGCUCAACGUGAAGUCUGAAGAGCAGGUAUUUGAAGCUGCAUUAGCUUGGAUACGGUAUGACCGAGACCAGAGAGAGUCGUUCCUACCUGAGCUCCUGUCCAAAAUCCGCCUACCCCUUUGUCGACCUCAGUUUCUCACUGACCGUGUGCAACAAGAUGACCUGGUCCGCUGCUGCCACAAAUGCAGGGAUCUAGUUGAUGAGGCAAAAGAUUAUCACCUCAUGCCAGAGCGCCGGCCACACCUCCCAGCAUUCAAGACACGUCCUCGGUGCUGUACAUCGAUCGCAGGAUUGAUUUAUGCUGUUGGAGGACUUAAUUCAGCAGCAAAUUUUUAUGCAGGUGACUCGCUGAAUGUGGUGGAAGUCUUUGAUCCCAUUGCCAACCGCUGGGAGAAGUGCCAGCCGAUGACGACGGCCCGGAGCCGAGUCGGGGUCGCAGUGGUGAACGGACUGCUUUAUGCCAUCGGUGGCUAUGAUGGUCAGCUGAGGCUGAGCACUGUGGAGGUUUACAACCCGGAGAUGGAUUCCUGGUCCAAAGUAGAAAGUAUGAACAGCAAGCGAAGUGCCAUGGGAACAGUGGUGCUGGAUGGCCAGAUCUACGUAUGUGGCGGAUAUGAUGGAAACUCAUCCCUCAACUCCGUGGAGUCCUAUUCUCCAGAAACAAACAAGUGGACAGUGGUGACCCCCAUGAGCUCCAACCGCAGCGCCGCUGGAGUCACCGUGUUUGAGGGCCGGAUCUACGUAUCAGGAGGGCACGAUGGUCUCCAGAUCUUCAACAGCGUGGAGUACUACAACCAUCACACAGCCACCUGGCACCCGGUCGCCAGCAUGCUCAACAAGCGGUGCCGCCACGGAGCAGCCUCGCUGGGCAGCAAGAUGUUCGUCUGCGGAGGCUACGACGGUUCAGGCUUCCUCAGUAUCGCCGAAGUCUACAGCUCCAUGGCAGAUCAGUGGUACCUGAUCGUCCCUAUGAACACCCGGAGGAGCCGCGUCUCUCUCGUUGCAAACUGUGGCCGUCUCUACGCUGUGGGGGGUUAUGACGGACAGUCCAACCUCAGCUCGGUGGAAAUGUAUGACCCGGAGACAAACCGCUGGACGUUCAUGGCCCCGAUGGUGUGCCACGAGGGAGGGGUUGGUGUGGGCUGCAUACCCCUCCUGACCAUCUGAGAAGAAAGCGUUUGGGGGGGCUGUCUUUUCAAUGACAAUCCGGGGAGCGGUUCAAAGAGUGUUUCAUGAUGUGAUAGCCGCAGAGGUGCAUUUCCAGGUGCUCAAGUGUUAUU